ACAUCCUUGCUGGGAUUAAUGGACUUGAAGUGGGACAAUCAAUUGUCAUUGCAAUUUCAAUGAUCAUUAAUAGCUCUAUGCACGUUUUCUCUCCGGAAUCGUAUCCUAAUGCUCGUCAAGUUCACUUUUUGUCGCUAGUUUUACUCAUUCCUUUUGUGUUUGUUUCUAUCCCUCUUUAUAGAGCAAACAAAUACCCUGCUAGUGUUUUUGUUGGCGAUACAUUUUGUUAUUUCAGCGGGAUGACAUUCGCCGUAGUUGGUUUGGUGGGGCAUUUCUCAAAAACUCUUUGCUUGUUCUUCAUCCCACAGGCAAUCAAUUUUGUAUAUUCCGUCCCUCAACUAUUCCAUUUUCUUGAUUGUCCAAGGCAUAGAUUACCAAAAUUCAAUCCAUCUACAGGCCUUCUUGAGAUGAGCUGCGUCGAGUUUCUGCUUAAGCCUAAAUCGACCAUUAAAGAAAAGCUUGGAUUCCUGAUGAUCAAGUUUUUAUCUCAGCUCAAAUUAGCUCACUUAGAGAUUGUCGAAUCAGAUGGUGUUUCUGGAGAAACCAAGUAUCGAUUUAACAAUCUGACCCUACUUAAUGUGUUUAUUUUUUGGUUUGGACCCUGUCAUGAGCAAAGUUUGACCACAAAGCUUUUGUCUUUUCAAAUAUUUUGCACUUUUAUUGCAUUCACUAUUAGAUACGUGCUUGCUCCGUGUCUUUAUAUCAUCUAA